AUGUCAUCCUCAUCAUUAAAAACAAAUGAAGAUUCAGUUAGUGAACGAAAAAAACUUUACCUAUCUGAACGACGAAUCCCAAUUCUAUUUGAGGCACUAAUGGCUGGUUUAAUGCAUCAUGAACCCGAUGACCAUUACCACUUUAUUAUUGAAAGUUUAACAAAAAUGAAAAAACAACCGUUGUCAGUGCAGUGGGAUACUUUUAUUGAGAUGCAUGAAAGUAAUAAAUAA